AUGUUCCUGUACGUUCUGGGGCUGGUGGCUGUGUGGUUUGUGUACCGCUGGUACAAAGAAACCAAAAGAGUUCCCAACGUGGGGGACAAGUACGUGUACAUCACCGGCUGCGACUCGGGGUUCGGCAACAAUCUGGCCAAACAUCUGGACAAGCUGGGCUUUUGUGUGGUCGCCGGCUGUUACACCGAGAAGGGUGAAGACGAGCUGAGGAAGGCCUCCUCAGACAAGCUCACCACUGUUCCGCUGGACGUCACCGACUCGGAGAGUGUCAGCAAGGCGGCAGCCUCCAUUAAGGGACUAGUUGGACAGAACGGCCUGUGGGCUGUGGUGAACAACGCCGGGGUGGCCACGCCGUCCGGCCCCACUGACUGGCUGACCAUCGAAGACUACAAGUCCAUGCUGGCAGUCAAUCUGAACGGAGUGAUCGCCUCCACACUGAGCGUGCUCCCCCUCAUCAAGAAAGCCCGGGGCAGGGUGGUCAACGUGGCCAGCGUGUUUGGCCGAAUCAGCCCAUUCGGCGGGCCUUACUGCGUGUCCAAGUACGGGGUGGAGUCCUUCAACGACAGCCUGCGUUUGAACAUGGCGCCGUUCGGGGUCAAAGUGGCGUGCAUUGAGCCGGGGUUCUUCAAAACCAGCGUGACUGACACAGAAAUGUUGAAGAAUAACUUGAAGAAGCUCUGGGACCGACUACCUCAGGACACAAAGGACGACUACGGGCCCACUUUCCUGGACACAUCUCUCGGGCAGUUGGACCAGAGGUUCCGGCAGCUGACCGACGGGGACCUGAUGAAGGUGGUCAGCUGUAUGGAGCACGCCGUGGCCGCCGUCCACCCGCGCUGCCGCUACUCCCCCGGAUGGGACGCCAAGUUUUUGUGGCUGCCCCUGUCGUACAUGCCCACCUGUGUGGCGGACAGACUCUUCCUGAAAAAUAGCCCCAAACCCAAAGGGUCAACAGAGGAUCCUGCAACACUUUUGAGUGAGGUGGUCCCCUCUCAUCUGGCCUUGGCCGGCGCCCUGCUGCUGGUCAUCCUCACCGCGGUCCGCUGGUCCAUCCUGGACUCGCGCCGGCUGGACAGCUUCGGACAGAGGCACGUGCUCAUCACGGGCUGCGACAGCGGCUUCGGGAACCUUCUGGCCAGACAGCUGGACGGGAAAGGCUUCCGGGUGAUCGCGGCGUGUCUGACGGAGAAGGGCGCGGCGGGGCUGGCGGGGGCGGCCUCCCCCCGGCUGAAGACCCUCCUGCUGGACGUGACGGACAGCGCGAGCGUGCGCAGCGCGGUGGAGCUCGUGCGCAAUGAGGUCGGGGAGCGAGGUCUGUGGGGGCUGGUGAACAAUGCUGGGAGGUCAAUACCCAUCGGCCCAACAGAAUGGAUGCAGUUAGAGGACUUCACAAAGGUUUUGGAUGUGAAUCUGAUAGGAGUCAUCGACGUGACUCUGCAGUUUUUGCCUCUUUUGAAGAAGGCCCAGGGCAGAGUGGUAAAUGUGGCCAGUAUUCUGGGGAGAUUGGCCCUCACUGGUGGAGGAUACUGUCUGUCCAAAUGGGGAGUGGAAGCAUUUUCUGACAGCCUGAGGCGGGACAUGCAGCACUUUGGUAUCAAAGUGAGCAUCGUUGAGCCUGGAUUCUUCAAGACAGCCGUGACCCGUGUGGAUCUUAUCGACACUGACCUAAAGAGGCUGUGGACACGCCUGCCUCAAGAUGUCAGGAGCUCUUAUGGAACAACAUACUAUGAUGACUAUGUCAAAAUGCAGGACUUUUCCAUGGGCAUUUUGUGCAGUCCAGAUAUCUCCAAAGUGACCUGGUGCAUGGAGCAUGCGCUGACUGCUCGUUUUCCACGGACACGCUACGGAGCUGGCUGGGACGCUAAGCUUUUCUGGAUACCUCUGUCUUACCUUCCUUCAUUCGUGUCAGACUUUGUAGUCAAUGUUCUGCUUCCAUCACCUAAAGAUGAAAGAAGCAUCUGA